AGCUGUAGUUGUUCUAGGUCACGUGCUAAUGAUAACUUGAUAACUUUUGUUUGUGCUUUAUAAUAACGAUAAUACAUAUUUCUCAACAGAUUAUUUAAUUCAUUGAAUUUUUCUUAUAUAUGUUUUUCAUAUUAUUUAACUAUCGUAAACUUAAGGGAAUAAUUUAAAUCAUGGAAAGGAACAUUGAAAAAGCAAUGGAUGAUGUGUGUAGCAAUGAAGGUGUCACAGGUGUUAUUUUAACAGAUUAUGCUGGAUUGUGUUUAGGAGUAAAAGGCAAUGCAACAACAGAUAGUGCUGGAAUAGUAGCAGCAAUUGCCGAUCAAGCCUCAAAAUUGGAACCAAAUUCUUCGGCUCCUAUUGUUUCUUUACAAAGUGAAAACAGACAAUGUAUAAUACAACGUGAAGGACCAGUUGUUGGGGCGAUAUACAAAACUAUCUCAAGCUGAAGUCAAUUCAAUUAUAACAAAAAAAAAUAUAUAUAUAUAUAUAUAUUAUUUGUGUGAAAAUUUUUUUAUACAUGAUCGGAUAGAGUAGUUUAGCUAAAAUUAAGAGAUUAAGGUAAAUAAGUUGUGAAAUUUGGUAUUUAUAUAAAAUAAAUAUAUAUUAUUUGUCAAAUAUACAGAUGUAAUGAUGUAAAAUUUUGUGAUACAAUAAUUAAUUUAUAAAAAUGA